AGAUCGCGAUGCAUGCCGGGGCUUGGCAAUAUGGCGUCCUCCUUGAUGUGCUGAUGAGAGGAGUUUCACUGUAGCUUCAAACCAGAGGGCAAAACUCCCCAAAUCAAAUAAGCCCACAUUACCCGUGCUUUUCGCCGCUCCGUGUCGCCCGUUUUUCAGGACUCGUUCUCGGGUAGGAGAGAGUCAGGAGGCCGAAGGCCAGGACCGGCCAGGCCGCGCGGACCCGGGGCUGAGGAACCGGCUGCGGGCGAGCACGAUGGGCCAGUCCUGGCUCUGGUUGCAGCAGCUCCGGCGAGUGCGGGACCCGCAGGGCUGAGAGUGGCUAGAGGAGACCCGAGGUGCUGUGAACCCCCUCCCCUCGGGCGGAGACUUCAGUGCAGUCGGCGAACCGGCACCAAGAGUGGGCGGCCUGCCUGUCCUCGGAUCGGCUGAGGCGUUGGAGGCCGAGAGCAGGGUCAUCGUGAGGCCUGAAGUCUCGCACGCCUUUGACAGCUCCGCUCGCAGCCCCUCCGGGGACGUAGAACCUCAGAAGCAGCCAGUGGCUUGGGCUCUGGGGGCGCGUGCGUAUGUGCGGAGCUCCUUGGGCUGCCCCAUUUCCCACCGGCUUUUCCCACCUGCUCCGACUUCCCGCGCAGAGUUAGAGAGAAGGCUCUCAGACUUUUUCCCUGAGUAAGGGUCUCCGCACACUCUCCUUUCUUUUCUUUUUCUACUCCCCUGUUUUCUUGUUUCGUAUUUCACCAGUUCUAGCACACACUAGUUUUUAAGGCUGGAGGUUCUCGAGCGCUUGCUGCCAAGGACUCCCCCACCCCCUCCCCCACUGAUGGAGUCCGAGAUGCUGCAGUCGCCUCUUCUGGGACUCCGGGAGGAAGAUGAGGCCGACCUUACAGACUGGAACCUGCCUUUGGCUUUUAUGAAAAAGAGGCACUGUGAGAAAAUUGAAGGCUCCAAAUCCUUAGCUCAGAGCUGGAGGAUGAAGGAUCGGAUGAAGACCGUCAGUGUUGCCUUAGUUUUGUGCUUGAAUGUCGGUGUGGACCCUCCAGAUGUGGUGAAGACCACCCCCUGUGCACGCUUAGAAUGCUGGAUCGAUCCUCUGUCAAUGGGUCCUCAGAAAGCUCUGGAAACCAUUGGUGCAAAUUUACAGAAGCAGUACGAGAACUGGCAGCCAAGGGCCCGGUACAAGCAGAGCCUCGAUCCAACUGUGGAUGAAGUGAAGAAGCUUUGCACGUCGUUACGCCGAAACGCCAAGGAGGAGCGGGUUCUCUUCCACUACAAUGGCCACGGGGUGCCCCGGCCCACAGUGAAUGGGGAGAUCUGGGUCUUCAACAAGAACUACACUCAGUACAUCCCUCUGUCUAUAUAUGACCUGCAGACGUGGAUGGGCAGCCCGUCGAUAUUUGUCUACGACUGCUCCAAUGCCGGCCUUAUCGUCAAGUCCUUCAAGCAGUUUGCCCUGCAGAGGGAGCAGGAGUUGGAGGUCGCUGCGAUUAACCCGAACCACCCACUGGCGCAGAUGCCUCUGCCCCCGUCGAUGAAGAACUGCAUUCAGCUGGCAGCCUGUGAGGCCAACGAGCUCCUGCCCAUGAUCCCCGACCUCCCGGCCGACCUGUUCACGUCGUGCCUCACCACUCCCAUCAAGAUCGCCCUGCGCUGUCAGACACCCGAACAGCAGCCUGCUCUGCCUCCACAUCGCGAGUCUGUCUGGCCAUCGGCGGAGCGAGAUGCCCCUGGGAGGUUUUGCAUGCAGAAGUGUGUUAGUCUGGUGCCUGGAGUCACACUGGAUUUAAUAGAAAAGAUUCCUGGCCGGCUGAAUGACAGGAGGACUCCUUUGGGCGAGCUGAAUUGGAUCUUCACAGCGAUCACGGACACCAUUGCGUGGAAUGUGCUCCCUCGGGAUCUCUUCCAAAAGCUCUUCAGACAGGACCUGUUGGUGGCUAGUCUGUUCCGAAAUUUUUUGCUGGCAGAGAGGAUCAUGAGGUCAUAUAGCUGCACCCCCGUCAGCAGCCCGCGCCUGCCCCCCACGUACAUGCACGCGAUGUGGCAAGCCUGGGACCUUGCUGUCGACAUUUGUCUCUCUCAGCUGCCGACGAUCAUCGAGGAAGGCACUGCAUUUCGGCACAGUCCGUUCUUUGCUGAGCAGCUGACCGCAUUCCAGGUGUGGCUCACAAUGGGCGUGGAGAACAGGAACCCACCUGAACAACUUCCCAUUGUUUUACAGGUGCUGCUGAGCCAAGUGCACCGGCUGAGAGCCCUGGAUCUGCUGGGAAGAUUUCUGGACCUGGGGCCCUGGGCGGUGAGCCUGGCCUUGUCUGUGGGCAUCUUCCCCUACGUGCUGAAGCUGCUCCAGAGCUCAGCCAGGGAGCUGCGGCCUCUCCUUGUUUUCAUAUGGGCCAAGAUUCUCGCCGUGGACAGUUCAUGUCAAGCUGACCUGGUGAAGGACAACGGUCACAAAUAUUUCCUUUCGGUCUUGGCAGACCCUUACAUGCCAGCUGAACAUAGGACAAUGACGGCUUUCAUUCUCGCUGUGAUUGUCAACAGCUAUAACACAGGCCAGGAAGCCUGCCUCCAGGGAAACUUGAUCGCCAUUUGCCUGGAGCAGCUCAACGACCCCCACCCCUUGCUGCGCCAGUGGGUGGCCAUCUGCCUAGGACGGAUCUGGCAGAAUUUUGACUCGGCUAGGUGGUGUGGGGUGAGGGACAGUGCUCACGAGAAACUCUGCAGCCUCCUCUCCGACCCCAUUCCUGAGGUGCGCUGCGCAGCAGUCUUUGCCCUCGGGACGUUUGUGGGCAACUCUGCAGAGAGGACCGACCACUCGACCACCAUCGACCACAAUGUGGCCAUGAUGCUGGCCCAGCUGAUCAACGACGGGAGUCCCGUGGUCCGGAAGGAACUGGUGGUGGCUCUGAGUCAUCUUGUAGUUCAGUACGAAAGCAAUUUCUGCACCGUGGCCUUGCAGUUCAUGGAAGAGGAAAAGAACUACCCCUUGCCUUCCCCAGCAACCACAGAGGGCGGGAGUUUGACCCCAGUACGGGACAGCCCCUGCACACCCAGGCUCCGUUCCGUGAGUUCCUACGGAAACAUUCGGGCAGUCACCACUGCUAGAAGCUUGAACAAAUCUUUGCAGAAUCUGAGCUUGACUGAAGAAUCCGGCAGCUCUGUGGCGUUCUCCCCCGGAAACCUGAGCACCAGCAGCAGCGCCAGCAGCACCCUGGGCAGCCCAGAGAAUGAGGAGUACAUCCUCUCCUUCGAGACCAUCGACAAGAUGCGCCGCGUCAGCUCCUACUCCUCCCUCAACUCUCUCAUAGGAGUUUCUUUCAAUAGCGUUUACACUCAAAUUUGGAGAGUGUUACUGCAUCUGGCUGCAGAUCCCUAUCCAGAUGUUUCCGAUUUGGCUAUGAAAGUUCUCAACAGCAUCGCCUACAAGGCCACAGUGAACGCCCGGCCUCAGCGCAUCCUCACCACGUCCUGUCUCACUCAGUCGGCGCCCGCCAGCCCCACCAACAAGGGCAUCCACAUCCACCAGGCCGGAGGCUCCCCGCCAACAUCCAGCACAAGCAGCUCCAGCCUGACCAACGACGUGGCCAAGCAGCCGGUCAGCCGAGACCUGCCUCCAGGCCGGCCAGGCCCCACCGGCCCCACAGGCGUGCAGUACACACCCCACUCCCACCAGUUCCCCCGGACACGGAAGAUGUUUGACAAAGGCCCGGACCAGCAGGCCUUCCCGGAUGAUGGGGACUCCUCUCUGAAAGACGCCUUUACUCCCACCACCGACACGCACUGCAGGGACUUCUUGUGCCCGGCUGUGUGCAGUGAGACCACCGACGAUCCGGAUGAUGCUGCUGGACACAAAAGUUUCAUCUCGGCCACGAUGCAGACGGGAUUCUGUGACUGGAGCGCCCGAUACUUUGCGCAGCCUGUCAUGAAGAUCCCAGAAGAGCAUGACCUGGAGAGUCAAAUCCGCAAGGAGCGGGAAUGGCGAUUUCUACGCAACACCCGCGUCAGAAAGCAGGCGCAGCAGGUCAUCCAGAAGGGUAUCACGAGACUGGAUGACCAGAUAUUUCUGAACAGGAACCCUGGCGUCCCCUCCGUGGUCAAGUUUCACCCCUUUACACCAUGUGUGGCCGUAGCUGACAAAGACAGCAUCUGUUUUUGGGACUGGGAGAAAGGGGAGAAGCUGGAUUAUUUCCACAACGGAAACCCUCGGUACACAAGGGUCACCGCCAUGGAGUAUCUGAACGGCCAGGACUGCUCGCUUCUGCUCACAGCUACAGAUGAUGGUGCCAUCAGAGUCUGGAAGAACUUCGCUGAUUUGGAGAAGAAUCCAGAAAUGGUGACCGCUUGGCAGGGGCUCUCGGACAUGCUGCCAACAACCCGAGGUCUGGCCCGAAGGGUCUCGAUCUAUCUUGACCACAGUAAGCAGGGAGGGUGGCUUCCAGGAGGCACGCGCCCAGCACCACCCUGGCAUGAUAGGGAACGCUUUCCCCCACCCCAUCUCUUCUGUCCUGAGAGUAGCUGCUGCAUGUUCUUGGCCCAUUUUCCAGGUAAGAAACAGAAAUUUAGGUGAAAUCAUUUGCUCCUGAGGAGCAAGGUUUCUUGAACCCGGUUUUCUGUUGCCAGCCCCAAGUCUCCGAGCCUGCCAGAUGUCCAAGAGGUGUUCAAGGGCCCCAGAGGGAGGCUCUGCGUCUGCACCCAAGGAGGAGAGAGUGGGGAAUGCCAUUCCACAGGGCUGUGGUUCUCACAUGUGCCAGAGGGGCGGUGGGGGGGGCCGGCCCGGCCCCUCCUCCUCAGAGUUCCAGAACCGUAGCUCCCAAGGGGCUGUUUCAGGUUGGGGUGAUGGGUCCUCAGAGGUCAGCUCCAGAUGGCCAGUCCUUAGGGGUCAGUUGCACAUGGCAGGUCCUCAGAGGUCAGUCUGGACUGGCUACUGAGCCUGGAGGGCUGAUUGUGGACAUCAGAGACCCGAGACUCUAAAACAGUGUGUUUCUCCAUUUCUACUGUCUCCUGCGGGGCCUGGGACGCUGUUCGGUCUUUGCCUCACACAUUCCAGUUUCUUAUCUUAUAAGCAUCCCUGUCCAUGUAUCUAUCUUUUAAGGAAGAAACUCCCUCUUUGGCCAGGUUUCAGAUCAGGACACGUGUCCAGGGCCUCUGUCCAGGAUAAAGUUGGGCGGAGAUUAGGAAUCUCUGCGUCCUAGGGGAGCGCCCACUGCCCCCACACCCCGGCAGUGAAGCCGGCCGUCACACAUAGAUGGACUGUGAUCUCGUGUGCCGGCUGUUAUAGUCUGCCUGGCUGGGGUGAGGCCCUGGCUUUCACAAACCCGGACCCAGCCAGUGCUCAUCAGCCACACCCGCCGGCCUCCAUCAGACAGACGCAGGGAAGACAGAGAACGUGCUCACAGUGUCCUGGAGGUGUCGGCAUGGGCAGGGAGGACGGCAGGGGUCCUUCACGGGGAGCCCAGAGCAGCUUGCCUGCCCCUGACAAACCAGAGAACCAGGCUGUCCUCAGGAGGGCCCCGCUGGGCAAGGCCCAGAAAGCAGUCCGGGCGAGGCCGCAGGGCUGCCUGCAUAGCGCGGGCACUCUGGGAGAGAGCGCUCUGCAGAGGGCAGCACCGUGCAUGCGGGAGUGCAGAGCUUGGGAAUCUUCGCUCUCGUUCAGGGUUUACGAUGCCUCUGUCUUACGAGUUUGCUUAAGUCACAGCCAUCCAUCUUGUUCCUUCUGUUCAUCACGUCUGGGAUGAGAAUGUCACCUUUUCUGUCACCUUUUACCAACUCGUGAUGAAUCCGAUCAUCUCUCCUCCAACCGCGUCUGGAAGUCGAGACACAGGGCUUGGUCAGCAAGGUGUCCGGGGAGAAGGCCAGUGGCCGUGCUCCUCUCUGGCCGGGGCCUCAGGCUGUGGAGAUGGGAGGGAGGCCGGGCAGGAGCAGGAGGCACUUCCGAAGUGUAGGGGGGUGUGGAGCAGACCCCUGUUUUCAUCCCAACAAUCUUCGCGUCGAUCUGAGAGAUUGUCUUCCACGGACCGGAGCCUCGCUGCCUUAGAUGAAGCGGCUCCUGCCGACAGUCAAAUACAGUUCAGGAAGGAGACUCGAAGGGUCUGAAACCACGUUACUCUUUGGGGUUUCGUGUUCAACCCAGACCUCCUGAAGAGCUGCUCUGACAGUGCGUGUUGACACCCCUCCUUUCCCGGCAGCAUGAAGGCCCCGUGGCACUCACUUGGUGGCUCCGUCUUGGGCUGUGCCCCCCACCCCAGGCGAGGCAUCCGAUGAUCCUGGGCAGCUGCCUUCUCGAGGGGCAGAGUGCCUUCCUCUCGGAAUGAGGUGGCUUCCCUGGGACAGGGCUGCACCACGGCCUGGGGUCCUGGCCCUACCUGCCCGCACUCAGGAAGGGCCCUAGGAGAGAGCUGGACGGGCGGCCAGAGGGCCAGGCCAUUCGCCAGCCGCUAUGCUCGUCUUAGAGGACAGUUGUGACGACAUUGUUCAUUGAAGAGAGAAAACAAUUGAGUUGUCAAAUAACUGUGUUUUCACAGGUGGCCAUCAGAGACAGGGUGGCACCAUGGAAAGAACUAGCCUGUAAUGCAGGGUGGGCCUGGUUUGGGGUCCUGGCUCUACCUCACCCUUUCUUCUUGUUUGCUUUUGUGAAAGUUACCAAACCAAUCUGAGCCUCAGGUCCUCAGCUGAAGAUAGGGUGGUGGAAGGACAAGCCCUGCGGUCUGGCUGAGGUCCCUGAGUCCUGAGGGGAUGCACCCUCCAGGCUGGCCAGGGUCCCUGAGCCACAAGGGGACAUGCCCUGCAGCCUGGUCAGGGUCCCUGAGUCCUCACAGGUACACACCUACCCUCCAGGCUGGCCAGCGUCCCUGAGCCACAAGGGGCCAUGCCCUGCAGGCUGGCUGAGAAUCAGUGAGCCCUGCAGAGAAGCGUUGUGUGCAGCUGACUCCGGGGCUCCUGGCUGUCCCAUCAUUACCUGCUCUGGCCCUCACAUUCUCCCCAGGACAGGACUGCAGGUGCCUGUUUUUCAGAUCGGGCCACCGGCAUUAAGGAGGAGAAGUGGCUUUCUUGGCAGUGGGAGCUCUGUGUCCAGAGCCGUCCCUCUGUGCUGUGCUUCCUGGGGUGAUGGGGUCAGAGAACACACCUCUCACUGUCGGGGUCUCACCAGACCUGAGAGCUGUGGGUCCUGAAGGUCAUUAAAGCUGUGGCCUGGGGCCCUUGUCACAGAAAAGCAGGCCAGCAGGGUGCUCAUGUGUUCUGCCCCAGUCCCUGCCGUGGUACGCAGACUUGGGAAAACCCAGAUGUCUGCAGCACCCAGACACCUUUCUAGGCAUGCUGGCUUCACCACGUGCUCGGAACUAAGCUUCAGGCUAAGCCAGGACUCGGUCAGCAUCAGAGAGUCUAGAGUUUAAAAAAAAGACUUAUAGCUCACGUGCUCAUGUCCCCUCCACCAUGAGAAUACUCGAUGGCCAAGUGGACACACCUGCCAGAGCCACUGGUGCAGGCGGAGAUGCUAAGGCCCAGUGAAGCUGAGUGGUGUCCCCUGCAGAUUCACGGUUGGAGUCCUAACCCGCAGCACUAAAGGUGACUGUUUGAGGGAGAGGCUUUAAAAGAGGUGAUUAAGUUAAAAUGAGGUCGUUAGAGUGGGCCCUGAUCCUGGGUGGGCUCCUACUGGCUCUGAAGCACUUUGUUGAAUCCACCAUGAAGAAAGUGCAGCAAGGAAGCUGCCCUGCCCCUCACUCGGAGGCCAGGGUUGGCCUUCUAGAACAAUCCGAAACAAGUCUGUUCUCUCACCCCCAGUUUGGAGCAGCUGCAGCUCUCCACUCACUAUCAUCAUGGGUCUCAGACCCCUCGAGUCUUUGUGUGCCCCACCCCGUACCCUCUCUAGCUUGUCCCCGUGACCCUAGAGUGUGGCACCGCAAUGCGAGUGCCAUGUUCCAGAUGUCACCUGGGCCUCGAUUUCAUCAGAGGCUCGCUGGUUAAUUACACUGCUCCUGAAUGCCCCGUGGGGCUGACACGGAGUGUGAAGGGGGCUGUGAAGGACAUCUGAAAAUGCAGGCCGUGUGUUCUCUGCUCCAGCGCCAGCCCAGCAGUGGUCCACAGACUCAGGUCUGUGAGCCUCCGCAGCCGGGUGGGACUCCGCACGUGUCCGCUUCCAGGAGAGAACUUCCAGUCUCAGAUUCUCAGAGCUGUGUCACCAGGAAAGGUUGGGAACAUUGCUCUCAGGUGGAUCAGAGGCAGCCAGGCACCAACCCGGCUCGUACUCCACUCCACUCCUCCCGUGAAGGCCACGGCCCACCAGCCGUCUCCUGCGCACAGGCCACAGUCCAGGGCAUGUGGUCUGACCAUGAUGCUUUCUGAUUUGUGAAUUUGCUUAUUUUUUUAAAACCUUUAUAGAGUCCAUACAAAGCAAAUUGCUUCUAGUUUUACAAAGAAUGUUUCUUAAAGUUGGAGCCAUUGCAGAAAACCCAGGACUCAACUGACCCAGGGGCUCUGAGAGAGUGUAGGUUUGCCCAGGGCCAGAUCCUAGCUGCUCCCAGCCCAGCCGCCUGCAGACUGCAUUCCCCGGGAGGGCCCUGUCUCAGCCCCACCCUGCUGGCUCACACAGCCCUCUGUAGGCCUUGCCUCUCUCCAAAACUAAAGUACAUCCCAGAAAUGUUCCUCCUUCAGCCUUUUAGCAGAGAGAAUUCUGCAGGCCCAGGGUCGGGGGGUGGUGCACAGGUACAUGUGUGUAAUUGUUUUAGCUGAUCAAACAGAGAAAAUCAUUGUCCUCAAA